AUGGAGAAACUGGAAGCACGAAUCAGAAACCAUGAUCGUGAGAUUGAGAAAAUGUGCAACUUCCAUUACCAGGGAUUUGUGGACUCCAUCACGGAGCUGCUGAAAGUUAGAGGAGAAGCUCAAAAACUGAAGAAUCAAGUGACGGACACCAACCGAAAGCUGCAGAAUGAAGGAAAAGAAUUGAUAAUAGCAAUGGAAGAGCUGAAGCAAUGCCGAUUACAACAGAGAAAUAUUUCAGCAACGGUUGAUAAGCUAACACUGUGUCUUCCUGUCCUGGAGAUGUACAGCAAACUGCGAGAACAAAUGAAAUCUAAAAGACACUACCCUGCGCUGAAGACCCUUGAGCACCUUGAGCACACGUACCUGCCCCAAGUGAGCCACUACCGCUUCUGCAAGAUCAUGGUGGAUAAUAUUCCAAAGCUGCGUGAAGAGAUCAAAGAAGUUUCCAUGUCAGACCUCAAGGAUUUCCUGGAGAGUAUCCGUAAGCACUCUGACAAGAUUGGAGAGACGGCAAUGAAACAGGAUUGCAGAUACAAUCAAUGGAAAAUAAUUGCCAGGAUAUUCUUCAGUCUUCUGCUCUCUCCAAAUAUUAAGGCACAGCAGCAAAGAAACCUGGACAAUAUUGUAUCACAGCAUCCCAGAAUAAGCGGGGGGAAGAAGUCCAAGAAAGAAGUCUGCGCAAGCUCAGAUCUGGAGGUAAAAAACACUAGCCCCAUGUCUGAGCAAGAUUCGGGUAUCCUGGAUGUUGAAGAUGAGGAUGAGGAUGAAGAGGUGCCUGGGGCCCAGGACCUGGUGGACUUCUCACCGGUGUACCGAUGCCUACACAUAUACUCUGUCCUGGGUGCCAGAGAAACCUUUGAGAACUACUAUAGGAAGCAGAGAAGAAAACAAGCCAGAUUGGUCCUGCAGCCUCCUUCAAACAUGCAUGAAACUUUAGAUGGCUACAGGAAGUAUUUUAAUCAAAUUGUAGGGUUUUUUGUAGUUGAAGAUCACAUCUUGCAUACAACGCAGGGCUUGGUAAAUAGAGCCUAUAUUGAUGAGCUGUGGGAGAUGGCGUUAUCAAAAACUAUUGCAGCACUAAGAACACAUUCAUCCUACUGCUCAGACCCAAGCUUGGUAUUAGACUUGAAGAACCUCAUCGUCCUCUUUGCAGAUACACUCCAGGGCUACGGCUUCCCAGUGAACCAGCUCUUUGACAUGCUGUUGGAGAUUCAAGACCAGUAUAGUGAAACCCUGCUCAAGAAAUGGUCAGGAGUUUUCAGAAAUAUACUUGAUUCAGAUAACUACAGUCCCAUCCCAGUGACAAAUGAAGAAGUUUAUAAGAAAAUAGUUGGACAGUUCCCAUUCCAGGAUGCAGAACUUGAAAAGCAACCGUUUCCAAAGAAGUUCCCCUUUUCUGAGUUUGUGCCUAAAGUUUACAAUCAGAUUAAGGAAUUCAUCUACGCCUGUCUGAAGUUUUCAGAAGACCUUCAUCUGAGCUCCACCGAAGUUGAUGAUAUGAUUAGAAAAUCUACGAAUCUGCUGCUGACCCGAACACUGAGCAACUGUUUACAGAAUGUCAUCAAGAGGAAAAAUGUCGGGCUGACGGAGCUUGUACAGAUUAUUAUAAAUACGACCCAUUUGGAGAAAUCCUGCAAGUUCCUAGAGGAAUUCAUAACCAAUAUCACUAAUGUACUUCCAGAAACUGUCCACACAACGAAACUCUACGGGACCACAACCUUCAAGGAUGCCCGCCAUGCUGCUGAGGAGGAGAUUUACACUAACCUGAACCAGAAGAUAGACCAGUUCUUGCAGCUGGCAGACUACGACUGGAUGGCUAUGGAGCCGGGCAGCAAGGCCAGUGACUACCUUGUAGAUCUCAUUGGCUUUCUACGCAGCACGUUUGCUGUGUUCACCCACCUCCCGGGGGAUGUAGAUGUCCACUCUACAAUGUCGGGGAAGGUGGCACAGACAGCUUGUAUGUCGGCAUGCAAACACCUCUCCACCUCGCUGAUGCAGCUGCUGCUGGAAGCCGAAGUGCGGCAGCUGACGCUGGGCGCCUUGCAGCAGUUCAACCUGGACGUGGAGGAGUGUGAACAGUUUGCCAGAUCCGGCCCAGUGCCUGGGUUCCAAGGGGACACGCUGCAGUUGGCCUUCAUCGACUUGAGACAACUCUUAGAUCUGUUCAUCCAGUGGGACUGGUCGACGUAUUUGGCUGACUACGGGCAACCCACAUGCAAGUAUCUUCGCGUGAACCCGACGACGGCCCUCAUCCUGCUGGAAAAGAUAUCACGAGUGAUGAGAGACACGAGCAGAAAAAACAACGUUUUUGCCCAGUUUCGGAAAAACGAGAGGGACAAGCAGAAGCUGAUCGACACUGUGGCCAAGCAGCUCCGCAGCCUGAUCAACAGCCAUCACUCGUGA